GGCAUGGCGGGCGGCUGGGCGACGGCGCUGGGCCUGGGGCUCUGCCUCGCCGCUCUGCACCGUGGAGGCUGCCACCCCCCCAGCGCAGCCACGGCACCACAAAUUCUGGCUGUGCUGCGGGACAAUUUCCGCCUGCAGCCGGGCGAUCUGGUGACCACGGCAGGGCAAGCGCUGGAGCUGGACUGCGUCCCCCCCUCGGGGCACCCCGAACCCCGCGUCACCUGGAAGAAGGACGGGGUGACCUUGGACUUGGUGGGUGACAGGUAUGUUGUCACCAAUGGGAAGCUGAGGGUGGCACCAGCGCAACGGAGCGACUCCGGGCUCUACAUCUGCGUGGCAGCCAACGCGGCAGGCAAGAGGGAGAGCCGGGGUGCCCGCGUCUCCGUCCUGGAGAAGCCGACCAUUGUGCGGCACCCGAGCGACGCCGUGGCGGUGGCCGGCAGCACCGUGGAGCUGGGCUGCGGCGCCCAAGGUGACCCGGCGCCGCGGGUGCAGUGGCACAAGGAGCGUGGGGACCUGCCCUGGGGCAGGCACGAGGUGGACCGGGAGCACACUUUGCGCAUCUACGCCGUGACAGCCGCCGACGCCGGCACCUACGUGUGCACAGCGCAGAGCCAGCUGGGCACCGCCGCCGCCGCCGCCCUCCUCCACGUGGAGGAUCGACUGCCAACGGGCCGGCGAGACGCUGCCCCACGGGACCUGCUGGCUGUGCGGCUGCACCUGGACAAUGGCACAGCGCUGCCCACCGCUGCUGUCCGGCUCCGCUGGAGGAUGCUGAUGCCGGUGCCGGUGCCGGUGUCCUACAUGGUGCUGUACCGCAGCCUGCUCCCGGCCACCACCCCUUGGGUCCAACACGACGCAGGCAGGGAGCUCAGCACCAUCAUCCCCGCGCUCCACAGGGGCUACAAGUACGAGUUCAAGGUCCGACCCUACACUGGAGGGACCCAGGGCUCGGACAGCAACAGCAGGCACCUCUGGAUACCUGAGGAAGUGCCCAGUGCAGCACCCCAGCAAGUCACCGUAGGCCAGGCUGAGACGGGGAACGGCACCGUGGUCGUGAGCUGGGAGCCACCUCCUCCUGAGGCCCACAAUGGCAUCAUCCGGGGCUACCAGGUCUGGUCAGUGGGCGAGGGCUGGCAGCGCCCCACCAACAGGACAGUGGACGGAGGCACCCGCCGCCUGGAAACCCUCCUCCCACACCCCGGCGUCGAAUUCUGUGUCCAGGUGGCAGCUUUCAACGGCGCAGGGCUGGGGGUCCCCAGCAACACCACCUGUGGUGUCCUGGGGCUGACAGCGGGGAGCAGCGGGGUGGUCCAGGCACUGCGGCAGCCUGCCGUCAUCGCAGCCGCCGGCUCCAUGCUCUGGUUGGCCUUACUCGCCCUCCUCCUCCUCGUCUGCCAGCGCCGUGCCAGCCAGGAUGCCGCAGCUCGCCGCAGGCUGGUGGCUGGUGACUCGCCGUGGCUCGGUGGCCCCUGGAAACCCAGCUGUGCCCCCCGAAACCUCAGCAGCAGCAGCAGCCUCAGCAGCCGACUGCUGGGCAGUGACAGCAGGGACCCUCACCCCUCCACCCUCUCCCUGGAGCCGCCGAGCCUUGGCCCCCCCACGCCCCCCAACCGCAGCAGCCCCUGUGGGGGGCACCCGCCGCCCCUCGGGGACACGGGGGGCUGCAGUGGGGGGCACCCCGGGGUGCACACCUCGCCCAGCACCCCGAACCCAGCGCCCUGGGAGCACAUUCGCAAGAGAGAGCUGCAUCAAGUGCACAGCACCCCGGUGCUCACGGCUGGUCCCGGCCACGUCCCUGUCACUGGAAGUGGAGGCGAGUGGGGGACAGAUUUUGGGCCAGCAGCCAGGUGGCCUCAGCGAAGGGGACACGAGGGGGACACCACUGCUUCCGUGAUGGACGGAGGGAACGGGCAGCUGCCAGUCUUCAGCUCCCCAAAACCACGUCGGGGCAGUGCUUCGCUGGCCUCUGGUGUCACCAGGUCACCAGCGACACCCCCGAGACCACCCCAUGCCCGGCACCCACCGGUGACACGGUCCCCAGCCACCGUGUGCCCCAGGGACACAUCCCCGAUCACCAGGCGCCCCAAGGACCUGUCCCCGUCCACUGGGAUCCCCAGGGACACACCUCCACUCACCCAACGCCCCAGGGACACAUCCCCGACCACUGAGAGCCCCAAGGAUGCGUCACUGGCCACGAGGCACCCCCAGGACCUGUCCCUGGUCACUGAGCACCCCAAGGACAUGCUCUGGGCUAGCAGGCACCCCAAGGAUGUGUCCCCAGUCCCCAGAAAUCCCAGGGACAUGUCACCAGCCACCAAGCACCAGAGGGACACAGUCUUGGCCACCAGACACCCCGAGGACACAUCCCUGGUCACCAGGUGCCCCAGGGACCCAUUACCAGGGACCAAGUGCCAGCGGGACAUGUCACCAUCCACUAAGCACCCCAAGGACAUGUCCCCAGCCAGCAGGCACUGCAGGGACACAUCCUCAGGCAUGAGGCUGCCCCAGGAGACGUCCCCAGGGACUAGGAUCCCCAAGGAGAUGUCUCCAGCUACCAGGCACUGCAGGGACAAGUUCCUGGCCACUAGGUAUGCCAAGGACAUGUCCCCAGCCAACAGGCACUCCAAGGACCCGUCUCUGGUGACCAAGCACCCAAGUGACAUGUUCCUGUCCAGCAGGUACCAUGAGAACAUGUCACCAGCCAUGAGGCACCCCAGGGACACAUCCCCAGUCACCAGACACACUGAGGAGAUGUCACCAGUCCCUGAGCACCGCAGGGACAAGUUCUUGGGCACCAGGUACCCCAAGGGCACAUCUUCAGCUACCAGACACCCGAGGGACCCAUCACUGGUGACCAGGCACCCAAGGGAUGACAUGUCACCAGACACUGGGCACAUGAGGGACACAUCCCCAGUCACCAGGCAUCCUGAAGAGGUGUCCUCAGUAACUGGUCACCGGAGGGACAUGUUCUUGGGCACCAGGGACAUGUUCCUGGCUACCAGGUACCCCAAGGACAUGUCCCCAGUCACCGGACGCCUCUCACCAGCUUUCAGCGACGGGGUCCUCACACAGCAGCAGGUGGCUGAGGACCUGGAGAUGGACCAGGACACCACCUGCCUCAGGCCCCCGGCACCAAGCACGGCACAGUCCUUCUCACCACUGCACACCUACGGCUACAUCUACGGGCCACCAGCCUCUGAGCUGGGCGAGGAGGAGGAGGAGGGGGAGGAGGAGGAGGAAGAAGAGGAGGAGGAAGAGCGGACAGCGACGAGGGGCUCGCCAGGGGGGUCUCUGCUGAACGGCUGGGGGUCCGUCUCGGAGGACAACUUUGCCAGCGCCCGCUGCAGCCUCGUGAGCUCCUGCGACGGCUCCUUCCUCCUGGACGCCAGCUUCGCCCGCGCGCUGGCCGUGGCCGUCGAUGGCCUCUGCUACAGCCUUGAGGACACUGACGGGCCUUACAGGGGUCCCUCACCGCCACCAUCACCCUUGGAGCGGGUCUUCUCACCUGGGGUCCCAACCACCACCUGGGACUGGGGGACAGCACUGGGGGUCCCACAGAGAGUCAGGGCAGAGGUACCUCUGGGCAUCACACAGAACGGUGGCCAGGGGUCAGGGAGUGGCAGCCCCUGGGCCAGGGCAGGUGGCGAGCUGGGGACAGGAGGGACAGGAGCAUGGAGGUCCCCAGGGUGCAGGAUGCAGCAAGGCCAGUCCCUUGGCUCGGCUAAAAUCCAGUUUUAUUAGGCAGUUCCCCAAAAAGGGGCUCUUUACUAGGAAAAGCCACACACAAAGGGUGGGUGGCACCAAGGGGGGUGGGUGUCCCUCCUUCUCCAGUGUCCUUGCCCUUCCCAAGUGUUCCAUCCUUCUGCAGUGUCCCCAUCCCUCCUCAGUGUCCCCAUACUUUCCCAAAUGCCUCAUUCCUCCCCAGCAUCCUCAUUCUUCCCAAGAGUCCACAUUCCCUCUGUGUCCACAUCCCUCCACAGUGUCCUCGUCCCUCCCCAGUGCCCUCGUCCUUCCCCAACAUCCUCAUCCCCCCCAACUACCCUUGUCCAGCCCAAGCACUGUUGUCCAUCCCAAGUGUCCUUGUCUUUCCCCAGGGUUGUCCCCCUGACCAUCCCCAGGCCUGCUGACCGUUCCCAUUUCUCCCAACUGUCCUUGUCAUUUCUAAAAGUCCAUGUCCUUCCUCAGCAUCCUUGUCCCACCUCAACCAUCCUUGUCCCUCCCAAGUAUCCUCAUCCUUCCCAAGGCACCUGUGCCUCCUCCGAGUGUCUUUGUCUUUCCUAAUCAUCCUCAUUCCCAGGGUCCUCAGCCCUCCUGAGCGUCCUCAUCCUUCUCUAAUUGUUUUUGCCCUAUGCACCAAGUGUCCUUGUCCCUUCCCACUGUCCUCAUCCCCCAGCAACUAUCCUCCUCAUCCCUUACUACAGUCCUUGUCCUUCUCAAGCAACCUUGUCCUCUCCCUGUGUCCUCUUGCUCCCAGGCAUCCUUGUCCCCCUGCCUUCCUUGUCACUCACCAGCACCCUAAACCAUCUGCAGUGUCCUUGUCUCUCCCUUGUAAUCUCAUCCCAACUGUCCCCAUCCAUUUCAAUCAUCCUUAUCCCUCACAGUCGUCCUUGUCCUUUCGCAGCAUCCUUGUUCCUCCAAACUGUCCUUGUCCCCAAGAUGUUUGCCCUGCUUAAGCAUCAAUCUUAUCCCCCUCCAGCAUCCUCAUCCCUCCCCAACGUCCUCAUCCCUCUCUGAACAACUGUCUCUGUCCCCAGGCUCCUCCUCCUUCCCCAAGCAUCUUCCUUGUCCCUCCUGAGCAUCCUCAUCCCUUCCCAGGGUCCUCAUUCCUCAUGACUGUCCUUGGUCUCCCUAAGCAUCCUAAUCCUCUGAAUUAUAUCCCUGCGCUUCCCUACCGUCCUUGUCCCAAGGGUCCUCAUCCCUCCCCAAGUAUCCUACUCCUUCCCUGAGCAUCUUUGUCCCUCCCCAGGGUCCUCAUCCC